AGAGAGUGAUGAAGAGCAGAGAAAUAUGGCAGCAGCAACAGAAACUGCAGGUGGCAUCAUCGAUGUGUCUGGAUCUGCCAAUUGCUUGGAGAUCGCAAUUCUGGCUCGCUUUGCCGUUGACGAUCACAACAAAAAGCAGAAUGGAGUUUUGGAGUUUGUGAGAGUGAUAAGUGCAAAACAGCAGGUGGUGAGUGGGAUCUUGUACUACAUAACCUUGGAGGCCAAAGAUGGUGAAACCAAAAAGGUGUAUAAAACCAAAGUGUGGGUGAGGGAAUGGUUGAACCCCAAAGAGGUGCAAGAAUUCAACCUCGUCACUGAUUCAGCAAUAGAAACAAAAGACGGUGGAGUCGGCGAUGUUCCUUCUGACACCCUUCAGAGUGGUAGAAGAGAGAGUGAUGAAGAGCAGAGAAAUAUGGCAACAGCAACAGUAACUUUAGGUGGCAUCACUGAUGUGCCUGGAGCUGCCAAUAGCGUGGAGAUCGCAAAUCUGGCUCGCUUUGCCGUUGACGAUCACAACAAAAAGCAGAAUGGAGUUUUGGAGUUUGUGAGAGUGAUAAGUGCAAAACAGCAGGUGGUGAGUGGGAUCUUGUACUACAUAACCUUGGAGGCCAAAGAUGGUGAAACCAAAAUGGUGUAUAAAACCAAAGUGUGGGUGAGGGAAUGGUUGAACCCCAAAGAGGUGCAAGAAUUCAACCUCGUCACUGAUUCAGCAAUAGAAACAAAAGACGGUGGAGUCGGCGAUGUUGCUGUUUGAUCCUCUUUCGGUCUCAUAAUAGCACUUAGAAAGGUGAAAGUUUCAGCACAUAUCUGAAGACUGCUUUAGUAUGCAUGUGUGGUAUAAAUAAAUGUAAUUAAUGCUACCUACGAUGUAUGGGGUGCAUGAAGUCCACUACAAAUAAAUGUUAUAUAUCAUAGAAUUAUAACUAAUGUUGCGGAUUAUGUAUUUAUGUGCGUAUUAUUAAGCUUAUUGUGUGUAUUAAUUUGUUUGAA